UUACGGUAAACCAGUUGGUAAAUUACUUUGACAAAAGGUUGCCCAAACCCGUAGUUAAAAGGUCCUCAUUUUAGAUCACACCAGAGGACCGUGGAUCUCCGCGUUCUCGCCUUCCCCAUAGCAACCACUUUGGUUUUUUCAAAACAAAUUCUUCCCAGCGCGGCACCAGAAAGAUAAAUGGCACAAAACCCCUCCACAUUUAAUAAACACGAAUGGUUAAUUGUGUUUUGUCUCUAACACAGGUGACUGAAUAAACAGAGAAACGUCUUGGCACACAAACAGAAACAAAAGCAAUUGCCUUCAUGCACCCUUCUCUGACUGUUCAUCAUGGUUCUACUGAAUGUGGAUCUGAUUGCCAAAUCCAGUUCUUGUUCAAAAAACAAAGGGAACUGUUCACUUGCCCAGUAUCUCAAGAAACUCACUCACCUCAAUUUUUCCAAUAAGAACAUUGAAGAAAUUGAUGACAUUUCUGUGUGCAAAAACCUCAGUGUCAUUUACCUUUAUGACAAUCACAUAAAGCGGAUAUGCAACCUGAACUUCGCCUACAACCUCACACAUCUCUACAUGCAGAACAACAUCAUCACUCACAUAGAGAACCUUGGAGCUGUGUGCAGGCUUUCCAAAUUGUAUCUGGGGGGAAACAGCAUCAUGGUGGUGGAGGGGCUGGAGCAGCUGAGGGAGCUGAAGGAGCUGCACCUGGAGGGCCAGAGACUCCCCCGCGGAGAGAAGCUGCUCUUCGACCCCAGGACCCUCCUCUCCCUCUCGGAAUCAUUAAGUGUAUUAAACAUCAGCAACAACAAUAUUGAUGAAAUUAGGGACCUGGUAGUUCUCCGGAAUCUCACACGGUUUUUAGCUACUAAUAACCAGCUUCAAGAUCUACAGGAAUUAGAGGCAGUUUGCAGCCAGUGGCCUCAGCUGUGUCGAAUGGAUUUGAGUGGAAAUCCUGCUUGUCACAAACCCAAAUACAGGGACAGACUCAUAACUGUGUCCAAGAGACUCGUGGAGCUCGAUGGAAAAGAAAUUAACGAGUUGUCCAGGCAGUUUUUACUAAACUGGAAAGCAUCAAAAGACGCCAGAAAGAAAAUCCAGGAAGAGCGGCUUAUGGCAGCACAGAUGGCUCAACCGUUUCCUGCAGAUAGGGGGGUGCGAAGCUUUGUCUGAGUGCAACGAUUAUAACGUUGGAUGGCUGUCUUCGGCAACCCUGGGCCACUGAACUCUGUGAGAGCUGUCAGCGCUCCCUCCAUGCGACAGACCGCGCAGACUGAGUGCGCGCACACACUGCACGUCACCGAGGACGACAUGUAUUCUCUGUCAUUGACUUCGUUAGUUCAGUCCACGCUCAUGUGAAAGAAGAAAAGUAUUUAUAAUAAAACUCAUUGAAUAUGUUUUUUUGAAUGCUGCAAAGUACACACAUUUAUUGCACAAACCUUAAAGAUUGCUUUUGUUUUCUUUGUCAGAGCUGCUUUAUUUGUAAAAAUGUUUAAAUCGUAAUUCCACAAUAAAUGUAGCAUUUAACUUGUUGCCAGCAUGCGGUGUUGUGCAUGGUGUCGUCUGGAGUCUAAUUUCUGUUGCUUUGUCAUGUUUAUCAAACCGGGAUUAAACUGUUGUCCAAUAGGGAUCCGCAAUUGUGACAAGGUGAUCUGUAAAACUAUUGUAUUUUUUAAAUGUUAAAAUGUUGCAUAUAUUUCGCCAUGGCAGCUAAAAAGUGGAUCACAAGAAAAUGUACUUUUGUUGUAACCCGGUUUUGCCAGCAUUCUGAAC